GGAGGUCUGUCAGCAGCGCGCCACGUCUCGAAGGGAAGGCUCGCGAGCUUGAAGCGAGGGCGGGCAUCUUUACGUCGCGCAAUUGUUCGGUUGCAGGAUCGACUCGGCGCUCGUGGUGGUUUGCGAGGAGUGGCUUCUUUAUGUCGAGCAGUUGUGAAAUUGCUUCGGUGCUGGCAGGAACCGAGACAUCGAGAGGUGGUGGCGUGCGUGCGGGCGGGAGCCGGAGCCGGAGCGAUGGGCCGAGGUUGUUGUUGUUGUGCUCUCGGGGCGAGGAGGAGUGGUCGGCGUCGGAGUUUACGACGUUGAGGGCAUUCGAACUUGUGAUUCGGGAGGGAAGUCGAUAGGAGGGGAGUGAUUGCGGAACCGAGAGGGCAUGAAGGAAGGAGCGGCCCGCGCCGUUCUUCGCGAAGCGUGGCUGCGGGGCCAUCGGUGCGUCGAGCUUCAACGCGAUGGCCGCCGGACAAUUUUUGUCUGCACACGCUGCGGGACGAGGUGUUACAGCGAUGGUGCUCUCGUGGAUCACCUGCAAGGGAAUUUGCAUGCGCGCCUCUCCGCGCAAGCUUCGGCUCCUCAACAUGCUGCAAUUCUCAAGACAGGUUCCGGCGAGCGGUCGAUCUUGAAGCGCGGUAAGGAGCAAGACGAUGGUGAAGCCGGAGCAGGAGUUGCGGGUCAGGACUUCACGUCGCCGGAGGGUCUCGCUGUCGUCCCUCACAGUCUUUCGCCGCGUGAUUCCCAGAUUCUUUUGGCGGACGCCUCUGGUGCUCCGGAGGCUUCCAAAACUCCUUUGCAAUGGAUUGGAAGUGGUGAACUCUUCUUCAGCCUUCGGUUUGCUGGCGCUGCUCCUCUUGUGGAGGCUUCCUGGUUCUGCUGGAGGGGCAAAGGAAAAUCCACCCCCGAGGCUGGUUGGCAGAGUGGCCAGGCAGGUGGAAUUGUUUAUGCGGUCGUGAUGUUUCCCUACAGUGACAUGAUCGGGCGGGGGGGAAAUUGGAAGCCCUGGUUCGACAUGAAACAAGCGAGGAGUCAGCCGUCCGAAACAGAGGAUGUGAUGUUACUCGAGAAGUCCAGUAAUGACACUCUCAGUUCCAAGACGAAGCUCGGCUGUAAGGCUCUGGCUUUGAUAGGUGCAAAGUCGACAUCCAGUGAUAACUUGUCGGACUCUGGCAAAGAGACGUCGCUAGAAGUAGAGCAGCAGAAUUCUUCUGCUGCUGCCAAAGACUCCACUGGCAGGGUAGUCCGUCGCUGGAAGCGGAAGAAACCGAGGUUGCUUGAAAGACUGUGCUUUAUCUGUCACCAGAGGAUGACCGCAGGGAAGGAUGUGGCCGCCUUGCUAAAUCUACAGACUAAACAGAUGGUUUGUGGAAGCCGGAAUAAGCGCGGGGUGUUCCAUGUAUAUCACAGCUCCUGCUUAAUUGACUGGAUUUCCAUUUGUGAAGUGAAGACGUUUUCGGGGGCAUUGGACCACAGAAUAGAUCGCACUCGAAAGCUUUUGAAGAGUAGACGGGCCAUCAUCGAACAAACGCUCAAGAGGGGUACCAUUCAAGACGAUGGAAGUAAUCCAUUCGUGGAUGGGGCUGUAUUUUGUCCAGAAUGUCAGGGCACGGGACUGAAAGUGCGUGGUGCGCAAUUGGAGCGGCCUCGUUAUAGAUUAGCGCAGGUUUUUGACUGGAUACUGGAGCUGAUACAAGCUCGAAAGGCCUGGUCGGAAAAUCCAAGGAGCGAAGAGACGAGCCAUUCCGGUCUCCUAUUUCGGGAUGAGUUGAUGGGCGCUGUGCAGUCUCGGGGACUAGUGCAUUAUUAUUCAGGCUGCGCGGAACUCCUCGCAGGAAAUGCUUCGGACAAGUAAUCAACUGCGAUUGGCUCCGCGGGCUUGUGAACAGAGCUAUCCUUUUCAAUCGUCUUUUCAGCCGAACGACUAAAUCCUGUCCUAGUGGAGAAGACAUUUAUUGUACAGGUGAGUCGGGCAAAAUCAUCUGAUUUCAAAGAUGGUCAUACCCGAACUCGCAGAUGUUUCAUAGCCAAGGUGAGAGACAGUCAGUCCUUGCCGUCAGCGUUCUGAAUGAAAAUUUUUAGCAAACAGACGACUGUAAUUUAAAUGCGGGUUCGUUCCGCCGAAAGACUGACUGGUCUCUCAAGUCGCUCUGAACACAGCUUGUAGUAUCUUUCGACCGAGCUUGUCCAGAGGAAGGUCUUACACCUUCGAAAGCAAUGUACAUAUUCAAUAUCAAAUUCAGAGUCCGUUCGCUGGUCUCACGUAUAAUGAGCUGGUACUUGUUUGUC